AUGCUCACGGUGGCCACCCGGGGCUUCGCAAGGCGCCCCACAGCAGCAACGACUGCAGCAGCAACAAGUGCUGCAGCAGUAGCAGCGGGACCCCCCGCAACUGCAGCAGCAGCAACAACAGCAGCAGCAGCCACAGCAGGCACCCCCAGGCUCUUCUCGGGCGUCAAGUUUCUUCAGCAAAAAAGGUCGGGCGAGGAAACUGUCUACUUCAAGAAAGAAGACGAGGCGUUGCUGCGGCGGCUGCUGGCGAAGCACCCCGAGGCGGACCCGCGGUACCGCAGCGCGGGGGGCCCCGCGCUGCUGCAGCCGCUGCAGCAAGCCAUAUCUCUUGCUGCAGCAAAGCAUUUUGCUGCUGAAGCUCCCAAGGCUUUUCUGGAAGAGCUGCCGCUGCUGUUUGCUGCUCACGGCUGGCAGCCGCCCCCGGAGCAGAGGGCCCUGCUGCAGCAGCAGCAGCAGCAGCAGCAGCGGCAGCAGCAGCAGCCCCACGGCCACAAACAGGACGGCUAG